AUGACAAAAGGGACUCAUAAUACGACGCGGUUGAAGCGCACACGACCACGAGGCGUCAAGACGGUCAUCGCUACUGAAUACCAGCCGUUUUGCUCGAUAGUCGAAGAAGACGAGGAAAAUACGGCCGGGCCUAAGCAUCUGUCGUUUGCUUCAUUCGGCAAAGUAUCGGUAAAAGCGGAUGGCACUGGAGCUGAAUGGUCAGGAGAAGAGACCCACUCCUCCAUUUUUAUCGACGACAAAGAAAAUCGGCCGGCAGCAGACUCAUUCGAAGCAAAGCUGAAAGACUUGAACGCCCAGUUUUCCGAUGAUUCCGACUUUUCACUUGUAAUCGAGAGGGAGGAUGGGGUUCGGAUGAAAGAAGACUCGCGGGGCGAGCUCGUAAACAGCCCGCAAUUCCGGACAUCCCGGAGGAUACAGCCAACAAUUCUGCUUCUUCCA